AUCGCGGUGUGAAUGGUAUAAAAAGGAUGGGCGUUUGAUUUUGUUAUUAUAAGAAGAAGUCUGCAUUUGAAUGCUGUUGAAGAAACAAGCAAAGUUUAUACAGAAACUGUAAGAAAGAAUGUACAAGGUUUUUCUGCUCGCUUUUGCAUGCCUCAUAUUGGCUGAAGCACGAAGAUUCGAAAAAAUUUGGUCACGAAACGACAGUUUCAGGAACAAGAGAUUGUUUGGACCAAUACAAGUUUGUCGAGAUCUUCAAGAAGAAAAAGUGGUCAAAACUAGCACUUUGGUCAACAGUGCUGGCAAUUUACAUCCUCCCAAAAUUCUGACAGUACGCUGUAGAAAAGAGGACGGAAUUGCAAGAGGAGUAAAUGAUCCAAGCAUUAUUUGUAAAACGAAAACGAAAUCAUUUGAAGUGGUUGAAUAUGAUGACCAAGGGACAUUAAUUACACCGCACACUGUUGACGUCCCUGUGGACUGUAUUGCUUAUAAAAUUGUGUAAAUAGAAAAAGAAAAGACAAUAAGUAUAUAGAAAUUGCUUUAAUAGACAAUUUUGUUGUAGAUU